AUGCAUGGCUGGACUCCCCGGCCAAAUUCGUCCAGUACACAUCUUUUACACCAGCAACAACCAAACACAAUGUCCGCUCGACGCUCGAGACGCAAUUUUGAUGACGACACGGUGGAAGCGUCCAGUGACAGCGAAGGCAAAAAGCGCAAGUCACGGGCCGCCGACAAAGCAGCAGCCGUACCUGAAGAGGAUGAGGAGGUCGAGGACUCGGAUGGACUGGUGGAGUCCGAGGAGGUUACACGGUGCAUUUGUGGCCACGAAGAGUUGCAUCUGGACCGGGCUGCCAAGGCUCUGGAAAUUGAUCAGGGUCUGUUUAUCCAGUGUGAUUCUUGCUCUGUGUGGCAGCAUGGCUACUGUGUGGGCAUGUACCAGGAGUCUGAAGUUCCCGAUGUCUAUUACUGUGAGAAAUGCCGACCCGACCUCCAUCAGAUUUUCCUACGGCCAAGCGGCCAGACGUCCAUCUACAACAAGUCUGCCGACGACGAUGAAGACGAAGAAAACGAGGAUGGCAACGAUGAAGGCAAUGGUAGCCGGGCUUCGGUCAAAGAAGAAGAGCUCCUCCCGCCAAAGCGUCAGCGCAGCAGCCGAGCGUCUUCUUCGACAGCCUCAGACAGCGGCACUGGUGCAACACGCGAGUCUGCCCGCGACCCUCCCCGAAGCAAUGGAGAGGAGCCUGCAGCUGCUAGUGGCCCCAGACAACAGUCCGGGUCCACCCCCGAGCAGGGAGGAAAGCGAGGUACGGGUAGAAGUCGACGUCCCGAUUCUGCUGCUUCUGCCGCUGGCUCUGCUGAUGAUGGCUCUGAAGACAUCUCUGACGCAACUGGCGAGGCAGGCCGUGACUCAACUCGCAGCAGACGCAAUUCGAGCUCUCGUCGUGAGAUAACCACCUCGUCGCGACGUCGCAACAGAGACACAUAUGAGGAGACUCUCAAGCGGGUGCUUCAGGAGAGCGCCCGCGAAGCAGGCAAGGACAAGGAGGUCAAAGAGGAAACCACAACGAGCAAGAACUCUACGACCAACAACAAUAACGCCACAGCCAACAACAGCAGCAGUAGCAAAAAGUCAUCGCCUGAGACUACUGGCACUGCUUCUGGAGCAGCAGCUGCAACAAAUGGAACAACCAACGGGUCAGCAGCAGCCUCGGGAACGUCGGAAACGCCGAAGCGGAAACGCGAACAGGAACUCCAGGCAAAGUCGGAUAUGGACGGCAGCGACUCGAUGGACUCGCCUGUGGCCAAGGCCCGGAAAAAGCGCAAGACAAAGACGUCGGUGGGUGCUGGAGGAGCAGCCAACUCGCCGAAGCCGAAGGAGACACCCGAAUACAAUGACGAGCGGCCAUCCAAGCCACGGGUACCUCAUUCACGAACUACAAUGAGCGAGAUGCGACGACGGGUAGCUGCGAUACUGGAAUUUAUUGGCCGCACACAGAUGGACAUGGCCAGUGACCAGAACAAGAUUGGAGAUCAGGUGGUGCUUAGCUCCACCUCUGCAGAUAUGAUGGAUGGACUAACUCGCAAGCUGCUUCUGUGGGAACAGGAGUACGGUAGAUAUGGCGAGCGAAGGUGA